UGUAACACAAGGAGGGUAGGGAGUUUUUCUGUACAACUGCAGUGCUGCAGUACAACCAACAUGACAAACUGCUAUAAAGGAAUGUAGUUUUUAAAAAGUUGUUGCUCCUGUCUCGAGAAAGUUAGGGAUCCCCAAGCAUCACCCCUCUUAUACCUCUUUUAUUCUCUGUUCUCUUGAGGUACCAUGUUGUAGUGACUUUUCUGAUAUAUAGAAUCAAUGUAAGCUCUUCUUCAACAGAAAGAAAAAAGCUACAACUACAGACAAACAGACUUCCAUUCAGCUUGAGUUCCACCUUUGUCUCUGUUGUUUACCAGGGACCACACCCUGUUUGGAACUAUACAGCACACACGACCAGCUAGAGGCUGAAUGAUAUACUAGGAAUCCUCUUAGAAAAGGUAUGCCUGUUUGACUGUCAUGGUCAUGGAUGAUGGAAAAGCAACCGUCAAACAACAGUGUCCUUGAUCAGUUUAUUAAUAGCCAGGAGCAGACAUAUGAAGAAUUUCUCAGCACGUUCACUUAUCUUUGGAAAGGUGCUGGGAAGUUUCAGUGCAGAGCAAAUAUUAACAAGAAUAGUCUGAUUGUGCAAUUGGACCCACUUGGAUGGACUUUCGUGGCUUGGCAAAAUCCCCUCGAUGUCAGUGGAGCUCUGCGUGGAUACAGAGAUCCAGUUGCAGGAUCAAGGCCUGAAUCUCAAAAUAUUUAUCAAGGGAAGCUCUGUGGGGAUGAAGUUCAGCUGUUCUCCCUUGAUGAAGAAUUUGACUAUGACAGUGUGGCAUUGACCCCCAGGUUCUCUGAGGCUGAGAUGAAGGCCAUUAUAAACUUGUCUGAACAGAAAAAAGUAAGGCUCGGCCUUAAGUCACCAGGAUCUGAAGACUGAAGCUGACGUACCUUGCUGGGCAUUCUCUGUUAUUCAGCUGGAAAAAUAUUUUUAAGGGGAAAAUCCAACUCCCUCUUCUGCAAUCAUAGAGGGCUCUUUUGCAAUGAAGCCAGUGUGGGCCUGUCAUCGAACCUGUGGGAUGUUCAUAUACCCUGUGCAGCACUGGGCUGAAGUAGCCUCCCCGUAGUAUUAUUUUUUAUUAUUUGUAUUACUGUAGUGCCUAGGAGCUCUAAUCAUAAAUCAGGACCCCAUUGUGAUAGCUGCUGUUCAAACACAGAACAAAAAGGUGGUCCCUGCUCCAAAGAGCUUACAAUCUAAGCAUAGCAGCUCCACCGCCUGGAGGGUAGAUUCCUCUCUCUCUGCCCCCUUUACAUAUCCCUAGAGCAACUUGCCUAGGUACUCACACUGGAUGCUGGGGUCUGGAUUGGUUCCUAUAUGCAUACAAUUCCUAUAUGUGUCGGUGGGUUUUGAAAGACUUAAGCCCUGGUUCUCAGCCCCAGUUCUAGUUGCUUUGUUGUUCUCUGGCAGCACAAAGCACAGGAAUGGUUCCUUAAAAGGCAGCUAGGAAUUCCUGUGUUGAAGAAAAAUCCUUGAGUGGCAUAUAAUGUGUGCAGUGCUAGAAUAAUGAUUCCUUAGGGGUCAGUAUAAACUGGUGUAAAUUAGACUACGUUUUGUGCUUGCUUCAGCCCCCAACCAACCCAGAGUUGUCUCAGGACCAUUUUUGCCUGGCUCUCUCAGGAGUGUAAACAUUAGCUUGUGGCAACUGAGCAUUCAGCAUUUAGUCUCUUUUUCUGGCAUUAUAAGGUGAAAAGAUACAGAGCUGUGGACCAAUGAUCAAACCCAGGAAGGAUUUUGAUACCUUCUGUGUGAUUUCAGUUCUUCAGAUCAGUAAUAUUCCUAUUUUUUCAAUGUUUUUUUCCUUAUGUGGGUUUGAAUUAUGUGUGUAUAAUUCCUGAAAAUCACAGUAACGUCUUUUUUUUUGGUCACAAAAAAGUCUUCAGGGCAGGAGAAGCAGAAUAGCAGUGAUUUAACCCAUUACCUAACUUGACAAGCAAAAUUUAGACUGUAAAGACGCACAUUUCAUACAUUUAUAUAGGAAAUGGUCCCAAGGUUUUUCACCACGUGACAUACAUUCAGCACCACUGAAAUGCAGCAACAUGUGGGGUGGAGCGUGAAAGUGCAAACAUAUAGAUUCAUAGAUUCUAGGACUGGAAGGGACCUCGAGAGGUCAUCGAGUCCAGUCCCCUGCCCACAUGGCAGGACCAAAUACUGUCUAGACCAUCCCUGAUAGACAUCAUGGUGCAUAGCAUGUGAGGAAAGGAGAAUAUGUGGCCAAAGGCCCUGGGGAAGAUGCUUACUCUUACACAGAGAGUCAUGAGAUAUGUAGGACUCAAUCCUUCUUACUUUUCAUCAGCCAUUGGGGCUAUUGCAUGAGUAAAAGUACCAACACCUGGUCCAUAAUGAGUCAGAUACAUACUGGUGUAACUCCAUUAAUUUUAGUGUGUGGACCAACAAUUCAUCUUUGGCAUAACACCAUUAACUUUGCGAUAGAAGAUUACAGUGAUGAGUGUGGUAAGAAUGCCUAGGUAGAUAGCUUUGGGAUUGAACAACAUGCAGUUUAAACACUUUGAAUGAAAUCCAUAAGGCUGGCUGGCUGCUCCAAAGCCAACAGUUUCCAUGAGUCAAAAAGGGGCAUCCUCGUUCCAAAGGAAAUGAUUUGUUUCAAUUAUAUGGCAAAUUAUAAACAGGCACCACUGACAGCAGGAUAUUUUUUGUUUUGAUUGAUUAGACAACAUCAUUUGAGGCAGGGUUAAUAAACAGGGGAAAGGAAGAAGAGAGUUCCCAGAUACUAUGUAGAUAGGCAGUCAUAUAAAGCUCUAACAUAAGCUAGGUAGAGAAGGUAAACAGUAUAGAACCAACCUGGGGGAGAACAUGAGAACAUUUUUUAAAACUGUCUUUAAAACUAUGGUAAAGCUGUGGUAAAAAUGGACUGAAAACACUGUCCUUAAUUCAUUUUGUUUUACCAAGUACAAAGCCCUGUGUAUAAAAUGGGGGGUGGGGAGGGGAGAGCCAUGGCUAGAUUUCAGCUGGAUGAGAAGGGGGACCUGGAAGGGCAUUGUUAUAGAAAAGGUUGAGAUCCAGUGUAUUAAGACAUCCAGGCCUCCCUUAAAAACAUUAACUAUGGCUCACUGCAUCCCUGUUAUGUAAGUUCAGUGAAGCUGAACUACCUCUAGUAGGCAACCCUCUGUUUAAGAGAGCACUGUAAAAGAUCCCCAGAGUUUACAGACGUUGUUCAACCCCAAGCUGAAGAACCAACACUAUUCAGAAACAGAGUUUUGCAGGUCCAUGGGAUGAUUUGUUUAGGCCGGGUUUCAUUGCAUUCGUUGCCCUAUUUUUCAGAAGGGUAAACUCAGGCACAGUGAAGUUAAGGGUCAAUUCCACUUCCAUUGAGGUCAAUGACAAAACCUGGCCAAAGUUGCAUAUUGUAUCACUAGGCCAAAUAUAGCCCUGGUAAAUGUAAGCACAUCUACUAAUGACUCCAGUAACAGUUGUGUCCCCUACCCUAGGGAUGAAGUUAGCCACUCCCUUCCCUUUCUUUCAGAUGGAUGCACUUCUCUUACCUACUUCUCAGGGUCCAUAUUAUGUUCUAUACACUGUUAUUCAGAUGGAUCAUUACGUGGUUCAGUUUGGGAUAAAGAAAUACACCUCAUUGGUUAAUGCUGAACAAUUGUUAAACUCUGGUACAACAUUCAUCUUGUGCAGAGAGGUGGGAUACUUCACUUAGGCCUCUCAUGAGUUAUCCUUUCUCCCUCUGCUUAUAGAGAUAAAUAUCAUAAUGGAGAGCAGGCACAGUAAGUUAGACUUGCUGGUCAGCUCAUUUUAUUGACCUGCUUAGAUGUAAUUGAGUUGUUAAUGUACCGUUUCAUUGCUUAUCUGCUGCUGGGAUAUCAUAUUUCCUAAGUUGUAAUUAUUCAUCAAGUCUUUAUUCAGUUUAUAUUGAUACCUAGAUAGAUAUAGAUAGAUAGAUAUCUGGUAUUGUUUAAUUGUCUGCAUAAUAAGACUUGGGGGCCUGACUGGUAGAUUCCUUCCUCCCCAGCCAGUAAUUACCAUUUGGCUGGGGGGAGGGGCGGGAAAGAGGGGGGAGAGAAUGACCACACACACACACACACACACACACACACACACACACACACACACACACACACAAUUUUCCUCUCCUCCAGAAUCAGUUCUCCUGUACAUGGCAAAAAUUCACAGAAAGGACAAGAAACAGUUCAAGGUUCCCCCUUGAGGAGUUUUUCUCUAGAUUGUUCCUUCAGGGUGGGGUUUUCCCCCCUCCCAAAAUGAACAGGAUUUUGAACUGCAGAUCUCACAGAUCUCGGAGAAUUCAUCAGACUGCAGAAACUAUAGAGGGAAAAUGUAGAAAAUAGAGCUUAAAUUGUUCAUUUGUUAGUUUCAACACGAAGUCCUCUUGCACUCCUUCUCUACCUGCAGACACUUAAGAACACCAAAUUUGUUAUAUUUAACAAAGAAAUCUAAUACAUUUUCAAAUCACGUUUAGAGCAGUGAUUUUCCCAAACCAAGUUAGUGUUAAUUAUAAUAAAGAUUAAUAUUUUUUUAAGAGGAUAACUUGCUUGCAAGUGGUGCUAACACACACUCUCUCUCUCUCUCUCUCUCUCUCUCUCUCUCUCUUCCCAUUUCUUUUAAAGUCUUGUAAUCUAACCUAUCUAGAUGAGGAUUGGGAAAACCUAGGGCAAAAUUAUGUACACUUUGGAAUUGUUUUUAGAAACAAUUAUUUACUCAGAAAUAGUGACAGGUUGUUGAAGAGGUUCAGAUAUUGGGCUCAGAGCCAAACCUUUGUGGUAUAGAAAUCAACAUGGAACUAAAUUCCAUGUAUAGCACAAAUCCAACAACCCCAUAUAUUGCACAGUUUGACUAACCAACAACUUAGAUGUCAAAAUAUCCACUUGGCUAGCAGGAUGAACUAUGGUUUUUACCACUCAUUUUUAGUAGCACCCAGUGAUAGUCUGAUUUUCACUUUGGCCAAGAUUCUGCAGUCCAUGUGAGGGCAGGAAAGGCCAAGCAGAGACUGGAACCUGUUCAGUUUCACUUCACCAGGGGCCUGCAGCCUCUUCAGACUGCACCAUGAAGGGUCCUAAGCCCUAAUUCAGUUGCAUGCAGGUAUGCACAUCUGCUGGUCAAAACACCCUGCAUAAAGAAUUGUGGUGGAGCAGCUGUGGGUGCUACUGCAGCCCUGAAGCUGUAGUAUUGGAUGCAGAGUGGCAACUGAAAAGGGUGGGGCAAAGAUUCAUUUGCUCUGAUCCCAGCAGACCUCAUCAGCACAUAGUUCAUUUACUGAGGCUGAGUGCUGCUGAGAGGUCUUGAAAAUGUUGGCUUCACAAACCGCAAAAAUUCAGCUCACGAUAGUUCAAGUGACACAUGAAAGAUGAGGAAACCCUUGAUAAUGAUUCUUGACAGCCUCACAAGAUGAGUUCCUUGCACCACAGAGAUGAGCACUUGUGAUAAGUAAGGGCAUUCCCACCGCUAUGGACUUUCUUGUGGUGAACUGGCAGUUAGCACAGGUGGGCGUGAGGUGCCACAUGUACCUUGGGGGUUCUCUUGAAGGGAAUGUAUCCUUUUCACGGAUUGGUUGGUUGCUUUGGCCGGUCCCUGGCAUCUGAAAUUCUGCCAGGUGUUAAAUGUCUGCCUGUCCUUUCUGAAAACAAAAAGGUCUUUUUCUCUUAAAAGGCUUUAAUUAAGUUCUAAACUCCUCAAAUGAUUAUGAGUUUGGUAAAGCCGUUUGAGGAGACAGCUUGUUUUGUGUUGGCAGAACUAUUGUACAGCCAUGUCACAUGUUUAUGACACUGUCAGAUUCUAAGGAAGCAAAGUGGAGAUAUUUUAGCUUUACCACUUGUUUAUGAAAUAUUUGCAAGAAGAAAAGCAAGGGUUAAUAUGUACUGUCAUUCUUAUAGUCAAGGUAAUUUAUAUGAGAGCACAUGGAGGCACAGCUAAAUGGAAAUGUAAUAAAUUGUGAGAAUGCAAAAUGGUUGCCUUAUUUACAUAAUCUCUGACAAAGACAAUGGCAAUGAAAAUUCCCCAGAGCAAUCAAUUGCGAUCUUAUACAGGAUAUUGGGUAUCUUCUUCAGAACAACUAUUCACAUACUCAUGUUUCAAAAUAGCAAGUAAGGAUGGAUGUAAACCAAACCCCAGAUCUGAUUUCAAGCUGAGCUGCAGGGGCUAACCCCACUCACUAUAUCCAGGGCCAAAUCACACUCCCAGGUCUGAACACCCCCAAACUUUGGGGAAGUUCAAACUUGGGCCUGUCUCUAAAUGUUUCUUAGUGCUGUUUCUAAGGGCUCAUCUGUACUCCAAAAAUAACAAAGUAAGGGGACCUGCCUGUGUGGAAAAGUCUCAUGGAAUUUAAUAAUAAUGAAAACAAUUGGGUUCCAUAGAAAUGUAAUAGCGUUCUAUAGAAAUUAUUGUAAAAACAUAGAAAUUACAUGGAAAAUUAUCUUUUCUAUAAGUUGAAUCAGCCUAAUAAAAAUUCUAUAGCAUGGAUAUAAUUUUCUAGUUAAUUUUAUAGAAUGGUUCAAAAACCUAUGGGAAGUUUAUGAUUUUGUCAUGAAGAUGAUUACAACACAGCUGUCCUUUGACCCCAUUACAAUAAGGUUAAAAUCUGUAGGCAGGACUUAAUUGUGUUUCAUAACCAUGCUAAAGUCCAAGGCUUUUUCUUGGUUGCAUGCAAUGAUUACAACAGAGUUAGAGCCCAUCAGCAUAACAUUUUUGAACUACGUUGUAACCGGGCCUUCAGACAUGGUUGUUUUUGUCGUGCAAACAGGCCCUAGCAGUAAAUAAACCUCAAGAUUCAGAGGUAUGGUAGAACACAUCUGCUAUUCUGUUCCUAUGAAUAAAACCUUAGAAUAUCUAAUAUGCAUAACUUUCAGAAAGAUGCAAGUGUCAUCCAUCAUAUUACUCCUGUUUCUCAGAAUAAAUCAGCUAGAGGACAAAUUCCACCCAUUACUUAGAAGUGUCGAUGCUGCCAUUUAGAUUCGCUGCAAAUUGCACAUUCACUCUUUAAAAGAUGGAAGCUGAGAUGCAUUUUUUUGGUUUGUGUCAGAUUUACAACUAGCUUCCCUAAACAUGACAAGACAAUACAUUUGUCCAAUGAGCUAUUUUCCUGCUGGAUACAUUUUUACAGUAAAAGAAGAUGGAAGGCUAGUGUCUGUCCCAGACAGCAUCGAUGCUGUGUUAGUAUUUUUACGCAUAAGCUUAAUAUUUACAAAGCUUUCAAAAACAAAGAAUCAGGAAAGUACAAAUUAUGGUCAGACUGCUUAUUGAAUGAAAAUGUAAUGCAGGAUUGUCCUUUGUUUAAGUUAGAUGCUUAGACUUAGUUUCCCAGCCCACCAAAAGUUCUGUUGUUAACUAGUCUAGUUCAAAAUCCAGGCUGUCAAAACACUGACAGCAAGCACUAGCUGAAUAGUAUUCACUGAAUAAAAAAUGUGACCAAUUUAAGGCCUUUUUGUUUUGUUUAUGUAACACUUGCAAACAGUUCCUGAAUUCUGCAGAUGUCUGUCACUCAUAAGCGUUCAUCAGAUAGGCUGGAUGAAUAAUUUCCUGACUUGGGCUUGUAUAAGGACUGGAUGCAGAAAGAUUUACUGUUUGCUGUUUGUGGCAUGUGAUUUGUCACAUGGCAUAUUUUUCGGUCUCUGAGUCAUUGGAUGACUGAAACUCUUUAAUCAGGAGAAUAUGAACGAGGGAUAGUAGAUAACGAGCAGACAAUAAUAGAAAUGAGAUGUGAAUAGUGAAUAAUGCAUCUCUGGUGCAAAUUUGUGGAAAUUUUGCUGUCACUAACACCACCGUGAAUACUUACAAUGAUAUUAGUAUUCACAAACAAGGCCUAAUCCUACAAGAUGUUGAAUACCCUCACCUUCCAUUGUCUUUACUGAGAGCGCCUUGUAGAAUGGGGCCCAUAACGAAGGACCCCAUGAAUAGCUGCAAAUUGAAUUGCUUGACGAUAUAUUCAGUCACCUGUGUUUUCAUUACUCAUGCAGCUGUAUUGACACCCAGGACUCUGCUACUGAUAUUUUAAAGGAUCAAAAACUGGACAUCAAACUUCUGCAAGUCAUAUUUGCAACUCAGUCAGUAUUGUGCUUUGCAGCCCAUUCCAUAUGCUCCCUUCUCCUAAGCCACAGCAGCAAGGUAGAUAUCUACCAGGCCAUUACUUUUUCAUAAGUAGAUGUUUGACAUAAUUUAAUUUAAAUUUAUAAUAAACAUCAAAAAUAUUUCCUGAAUUAAACAGAGAUCUGUGUUGAUGCUGGAAGUCCCUCAAGGGAAGUAAUAGAAGCUGACUUGCUGGUGUUAUUAAAGCUAGCCUGGACAAAACUUUGGAAUAUACUAUAGAGGUGAAUGCUUUACUCUAGCCAGAAAAUGGACUGAAUAACCCGACAUGGCUUUUCCAUCUCUAAUUUACAAUAAUAUGAGAGUCUGAGUGGUUUUAAAUUUGAGAUUUUAUUUGUUGAGAUUUCAAUUUAAGUGUUGGGCUCCGUUUGGAAGUUUUGAUUUUUUCUUCUGCUCACAAACCCAAAGAAAUUGUCUGCUAGCUGCUGAUUUGUACACAGAUUGGACAUUCUGUGACAUAAAACAUUGCUCCCAAAUACACCAAAAAAGACAUCACAAUGUUGAGCUAUUUGAAUAUCUAUUUGAAUGAUCAGUAAUUUGAACAGACUGGUAUGUUAAAAUAACCACCUAAGACAUGAGGGAAGGCCUCAUUUUUACCUUUACAACUACUGUAGUGCUUAAUUUACAGGUGGGCCUGAAUUAAAAUGUUAGAUCAGAUUCACUCAGAACUUUUGGAAAGCUCACAUCUGGAACUUGAUCCAGACAUGAACUUCAUGGCUUGGGUACAUAGCAUGGAACUGAACAGGAGUCCUGGAUCCAAACCCAACUGAACUUUGUGAUUCAGCUUUGUCUUGAGUUUAAUUAAUGAUUAGCCUGACUUUGGGACACCUCAAACCAGACUUGCUCCAGAAUUCAUUAAUUGCUGGUGUGAAUCAGCUUUAGAUUUAGAAAUUAGAUUGACAAAUUAGAUUAGAAAUACACUGACAAGUGGAUGCUGAAAUAAACAACAGAAGAAGCUAUCAUAGGUAGAUAUUGGGCACCUAUCAACAUAGGCUCACAGUGUCAGGAGAUGGCAUCACUACCCUUUCCAGAAAUGGAUUUAGCAAGAAAUAAUUUCCAAGGGAAACAAUAAACAUGUCUCUUAGUUGGAAGUCUUCCCUCCCGUGCGUUCCUUUUUCACGAAGAGAAGUUAAAGGUGGACUGUAAAUUAAGAAAAUGAAAAUCUAGUUAAAAGUAGUUUAGUCCAUUUUCUGCUGAAUGGUUGAUGCCAACCACGUGGUGGUGAUGGUAAUGGUAAUCGGAGAUCAGUACACAAAUAAAUUCAAUUAACCUUUUAAAAAUUAUUUCUCUAGUCCCCUGUGAAAUCCUCUUGACCUUCCUGCUUCACUAAAAGUGCCCCAGAACCAGCACAUGAAAUCAAAGAAGUCUAAUUUCAAUCCAUGGUAUUUAUGAUCUCAUAUAAUGAAGCAUUCUGGAAUACCUUAAGUGAUAUACCAAGCGGAUUUCACAGAGGGGAAAAUACUUUUUAAAAGGUGAAUCUGAUUUCUGUGCUAACUGUACACCUCUAUCUCCACCCCCUACAAAGAAAAGCAUGGUUAGAAAGUGCCCACCAUUGCUAUGGUAAUGGGCAUAUCCCAAAUACUUUAGACAGCUCAUUCAGCAUAUGCGCCUGCUUUUACUCAGUUUUCAAUUUUGCUUUGCAGAUCACCUUUCCCAACCUUUUGUUUCUGCAUGGAAUUUACAUAACCCACAAGCACAGAGGAAACAAAAAGCUGUGGGUCUUUCAAACCAUCACCAUCUUAUUAGCACUCUGAAAGAUGUUUGCUGAAGAAUUCAGUAAAAGAGGGUGCUGAUUGCUACCUCAUGUUAAGGUUUCUCUGUUUUAAUAUUUAAAACAGAGAAACCUUACUCGAGAUUUCAGUGGCCUCCGAGUCACAUUUUUUAUGAUGGUUGAUGCAAUCUGUCAAAAGACCGGAAGAACAAAGUAGCUUGAUGGUCUAAUUUGAAGUAACCUCUAAGAGCUCAAGAGGUCUGAUUACACAUAAAAGCACCACAACUUUUAUAAAGCUGCAUUUGAAUGCCACAGGAAAAAAUGUUAGAAAUUCAAUUAACUUUCCCCAUGAAAAAAUGCCUCAUCUGGUGGCUAAACUCACCUUACAUAGUUUCUUGAUUAUGUUUGGAAGCAAAUUGCCUUGAUUAUACCUUUGACGGGAAGGGAAGCCUGUUAAUUAAUUGCUACAUGCUAUAGUGGUGCUCAAUUGUAUCCUGGAACGAUUAAAUUAGCCUUCACCGAUAUUGGUCUCCUGUAGAAAAUAAAUAUUGCUCACUCAGUCAGUCUCACUUUUUGCUGAGUUGGCACAACUAGCUGUUUAUUACCAUGCAUGUUAAAACAAAAAUUAUUACUGUGUUAUAUUCAGAAAGGUAGAAGUAGUAAACAAAUUGCCUACAUAGUUGAAAUGAGAUUGAAACAAAUCUCCCUGGUUCAAAGCACCUCUGAAUUUUAGAGAAGUUUGGAUUUGAACUUCACAGCUUGUAUCACUACACAUGCUGAACCAGAGCCCCAGAUUCAAACACACCAGAGUUUUGGAAACGUUCAGGUUUGGAUCUAAAUUCUUAUUUCUACUGGUCAGUGGCUGAACAUGGUUCAAGUGAGAAGUCAAAUUGGUUUCUAAAUUUGUCCUGUCACUACAUAAGAAAAAAAUCCCCCCAAAAUUGUACAAUUAUUAUUUUUAAUAAUAUGAUUAAUACUAUUAUUAUUUUAUUAGUUUCUGGUAGCAUAUACAAUAUAGUAUGUACUUUCCAAACAAAACAGAAAGUGUGGCCCCUGACCCAAGGUGUUAAUAAUUUGAAAGAUUUACAUACUGUCAAUUCCUUAUGUUCAAAAUGUGACUUACAUGUAGAGACAACGCCAAGAGUAAAAUGCUGUAUUUAUAAAAAUAUGUCCUGGUGUUAUUAAUAUAGCAAAUUAUUAAAACAAAAAGAAUGUAAAGAAUCUCCUUUACUUGUCUCUGCUGUUAGUUUAUUUUCACAUUUUGUUCAGUUAGGGCAGUGAAACCAGACUGGUCAGUUUCACUUUCUGGUUCUUGUGAAUUGGUGAUAUAAUCAUCUGCACAAUCUCAAAGUGUAGUUGUGGGGGCUUUCCUGAUGUAUUGUGGGAUUAAAUAUUCUGAGAACCAACUAGUGGGAUUAAAUGUUUGGAGAGGCAGAUUCCCCACAAGAACAUUUCUCUGUUUUAUGAAAUUGUCCACAGAAGUCAAAGCUAGGAGAACUCAUUAUCUCAGCAUGUCUAAUAUCCCAGAGCAGGGAACAAUACUCUGACUGUAGCCCACUAUUAUCAACCAUUUCUGCUUUCUUAGAGAUGAGCAAACCAGAGUGAGAGUUGAAAGGGAAGCUAAUAUUCAUAGCUAGGGAAAAAUCCUGAAGAGAGAAAGGUUUCUUGCAGUAUGCUCUCAAGGUGAAUCUUUGGCAGGAAUGAACUCUAGAGCUGACGAACCACGACUGGAAAGGCCUAACCUUUGGUCCUUAACACAGUCACACAGGGCCAAAUUCAUUCCUGGUGUAACUCAAAUGUAAUCUCAAUAGAGUUACACUAGGGAUGAAUUUGGGUCAGAGUUUCAGCAACUAUAUUAUAGGCAGUGUAC